AUGUGUUCACGCCUUUUCUUCUCUUUUAUUUUUGUUGUAGCUUGUUUCUUUUCACAUUAUCUUGUAUAUAAUCCUACUACUACUAAUACUACUCAUAAUAACAAUCAGAAUAUCAACUCAAAAUUAACUCAUCAACCAAAUUUAAUUUUAAUCAGUGUAAAUGGUUUAAUUUGGUAUCAAGGUAACCCAUUAGCUGAUACACAGGAUCCAGAUCCAUUAGGACAAUUUGAUUGGUUACGUCAAACAUUUCAAUGGGCUAGAAAACGAAAAGAUAAAGUUUUACUUGUUAGUCAUUUUCCUCCUGGUGCUUCAGAGAAUGCUCCACAAUAUUAUCGUUUUCUUCGUACACAAAUGAAUGAUCAAUUUGUGAAUUUAUUAAUUGAAAAUGCUGAUUUAUUAAUGGCUGGUUUAUUUGCUCAUGAACAUGUGGAUAGUUUUCGUUUAUUAGUUUCGAAAUCAAAUGUACCAUUGGCUUCGUUAUUUCUUAUGCCAUCUAUAUCUCCAUUAAUGAUUUAUGGUUUAGGUGAUUUUAAUCCACGUAUUCGUUUAUAUCGAUUUCAACGUUCCACUAUGUCCCUAUUAGGUUAUUCACAAUAUUAUUUUAAUUUAGAAAAUCAAUUAUCCCAAUCCCCUGAUCAUCAACAUCAUCGUAAUUGGCAAUUAGAAUAUGACACAAAAGAAACGUAUCAUUUAAUGAAUUUGUCCGCGAACUCGUUGAAUGAAUUAUGGAAUCAUUUUCUUGAUAUCAAUAAUAAUACUGAUUCUUAUUGGUCAAAUUAUUGGAAUUAUGAAUUAGGCAAUCGAUCGCAUAGUUUAAAACCAAAUUAUCUUACAGAUCAAGGUUUAUGCCCAAAAGUUCGAUCACAAUGUCGUUGUGAUCAUUUAUGUGCUAUGCGAUUUUUAAUUUUUACUGAUUUAGAUAAAUGUUUAGAAUUAUGUAAACAACUUGUCGUGGUGACCAAUGGUCGUGGCGGUGAUGGCGGUAGUGAUGGUCUUCAACAUCCAAUGUUUAUGACUGGUGAUGCCAAUAAUCAUAGUACAAACAAACAACCCAACACUGAUUUUAAUCAUUCUUCAAUAGACAAUGAAACAAUUACUGUCAAUCCAAAUGAACGUAGUAGUCUACCGUACAUUAUUGGUGUCAUAGUUGCAUUUUUAGUAGUAUUAGUUGGUGUUGUACUGAUUGUUAAUCGUGAAGUAUGCAAUCGACAUCGAGGUGCUGGAGGUUAUCAUCAACGUCGUUCAUUAUUAGCUAGUAUGAUAGGUUACAAUGGUACUAAUAGUACUACUACUAAUACUACUCCUGCUGGUGCAGGAGGCGGAGGUAUCGCGGGAAAUGGUUUAUUUUUAAAUCCAAUCAAUGGUGGUACACUACAUGGAAGCCGUUCAAUCACUGGAGCAACAAAUAAUUAUUGUACUAGUGGAGGUGGUGGUUCAUGUAUUGAGCUACGGACCGCUUUUCAUCCAUCCUAUUAUGAGGAUGAAAUUGAACCGGAAUAUUUAAAUAAAUCAGUCACAUCAUUGAAUGCAAUCAACUUCUCUCACAAUAAUAAUAAUAAUAAUAAUCAUACCACAGCCAAUACAGUACAUGAUCAUACUAAUCAACAAGGCGGAAAUUACAUUUCUCCCUUUGGACAUUAUAAUAACGCUGUUCUAUCACCAUCUCGUACAACUUCUUAUUAUGAAAAUCAUAGUGAUAACAGUCGAAGUAGCAGUGCUAGUAGUAGUUAUUGUAAUAGUCGACGUAAUAAUAACAAUAAUAGUGUUAAUAAUCAGAGAAUAAUACAGAAUUACAUUGAUAAACGUUACUCCGCAUCGGAUUAUGCAUAUUUAAAAAAAUAUCUAUCAAAUCAUAUUAAUCCAACAGAUAAAAUGUUAUAUAUGGUCAAUCAAUUGUUCGACUGUCAUGAACAAUCGAAUCGAACAAAUCACCGGCAUCAUCAUCAUGAUACUACUACUAAUAUCAGUAAUAAACUUUUAUUAUCAACUGAUGAGAAAAAAGGUAGUAGUCAUACAACAUCGGAACGAUCAUCAAAAGAUGAAUAUCAUGAUGCACAUCCUCGUCAACAACACCACCAACACCAACAUCUUUAUCAGAAUAAUAAUUGUCUACCGGAAGAUUAUUAUGCUGAUGAUGAAGCAUUCGGUGAUGAAGACUGUCAUGAUCGUCUACCACAUUACAAUCAUCAACAUUAUCAUGUACCGAAGCAUCAGAAUACAAAUGAAAAUAUGAUCGCAGAUGAUGAUGAUGAUGAUGUUGAUGGUCAAGAUAAAUGUGAACUGUCAACAUCAUCACGAGCUGGCGGUUAUCAUCAUCAAUUAACCGUGGACACCGAUAAAAAGUUCCAAUUAGAUCAAAUAAAAAAUCAGUUUAAUUGUCAUCGUAGUCACCGUCAUCAACAGCAACAACAAUCUAAGAAGAAUAUUGAUGAUCAUCAUGAUGAUGGUGAUGUUGAUGAAGAUGAUGACGAGGACGACGACGAUUCAAUAAAUGAUCAACUAUAUCAUUCAAAUCAAGAAUCACAACUUCUUGAUCCAUCAUCAUCUACACUGAAUGAUGUUGUCAGUGGAAGGAAACAUUCAAAAGAUCGUAAAUUUAUUUUUAAUCGAAAAAAAUUCCAUAAUCCAUUAAAAAAUGCUAAACAUUUUAUGAAUCCUUCAUCAAUUGCAUCAUCUUCCUCGUCUUCAUCUUCGUCUACAUCUUCAGCUGCUUCAUCAUAUCCUUCAUCAUCAGUGAAAUUGUCAAAUCAUAUGAAACAUAGUCAAUCAAUGAAUUUCAAUAAUAUCAAUAAGAAUAGUAAGGAAAAUGAUGUUGUUGUUAGUAGUAGUAGUAGUAUAACUACGAAUCAAAAAACUAAUCAUCCUCCUCCUACAUAUAUUAUGAAACAUAAUCCAAAUCCACUGUUGACUUCUUCUUCAUUAACAUGUUUAUCAAAUCAAACAAAUCAUAAACAACUUAACAGUAGACAACACUAUCAACAGUCACCACCACAACAGCACCAACACCAACAAUCUCAAUCAAAUUAUACCUCACCAUCUAGACAACGUUUCUAUUUUCCAUUAUCAAUUUCAUCAUCAUUGAUCGCCGAUAAAAACAAAUCGAAUCAACUACCGCCAACAACAACAUCAUCUUCAUCAGUUUUAUUGACUGGAAAUCAAUCAGCAGCAUUGCAACAUUAUGAUCAUGUGACAGAUAAUACGAUGACCACCGAUUUCCGCCCAAUCGAUCAUCAUAAUCAUACUAAUAAUAGUAAUAAUCAUAAUCAUAGUAGAAUUUCUUUUCCUAAUAUUCCUACAAAUUUAUCAGUUUUAAAAAUUCCAGGUUAUGAUUAUGUUCGAAUGUCAAAUUGAUGAGAUUGUAAUUGUUUAACUACUGUCUGUUUGUCUGUUUGUUUGAAGAAAAAAUAAAACAUGCAUGCAUGUGUAUGUCUUUCUAAAUUGAACAUUGUUAUUAAUGUUGUUGUUGUAAAUAUAUUGGCAUUUGCCCCUCGCCUUCUCACUCUCGCUCACUCUGUCACUCACUCAUCUUUCUCUUUUACAAACAUGUACACAUUUAUAGGAUUAAUUUAAAUGAACCAAAAAGUUAUACAAACACAUAAUGAUUCUUCGUCUUUGAUUUUAUUCCUCUUGUCUGUCCUUUUUUUCAUUUCUUAUUUGAAAUAAUCUUGGGUAGGUGAUGGUAGGUAGGUGAAUGAAUCAGUGAAUGAAUGUGUAUGCAUGAGAUCUUAUUCCUAUAUUCUCCCAUGACAUUUGUUUAUACUCCUCUGCUCAAUGUUCAAUUUAUUUCAUACCAUUUUAAUCCGAGCGCGCCAGCUCAAAUUCUUUUUUCUUUUUUUAAAAAAACUCUGACUGAAU